AUGCAGCUGCUGCUCCCUCACGUACCGAAAGUCGCGACCUCUUUCCGUUUCGCGCGCCUACUCCAGGCUAGAACGCACUCUUCGUCUUCACUACCAGAUGGAUGGGAGGCCAUAACACGCAAGAAUGGAGACGUGGUGUACUUCAAUAAAGACCUGCGCAAGACUGUUCGCCACCUCCCGGGCGUAAGCUCCCGGAGUGUAGAGGAUGCACAUUGUAUAUCAAGAGAGGAAGCGAGCGAGGACUCAUCUGCGGCCACAGUGUCCCACCAUGAGAGCACGGGGAGCGACGUCUUUGUACCCAUUGACUUCGAUACAGCCAUGUCGAUCGAAGGCCAUGAGUCGCAGGUGGUGCACAUUGAGCUCGAGCCUGGGCAAUGUCUUCGCGCGGAAACAGGUGCCAUGAUCUACAUGACCGAUGGCGUGAAGAUGGAGACGACGACUGCUGGGGGUAUGGGUGAAGGCAUGAAGCGAUUGAUGACUGGAGAGAACUUCUUCGUCUCACGAUUUACAUACGAUGGCAGCGAAACCGGCAAGGUGGCUCUUGGUACGAGCUUUCCAAGCAAGAUCAUUCAUCUACGUCUGAGCGAUUUUCUCGGCGGGUCCAUCAUCUGUCAAAAGGGGGCAUUUUUGUGUGGCUCCGACACCGUGAACAUUGAAAUGGAGUUUGCCAAGAAGUUUGGCGUCGGCUUUUUUGGUGGAGAAGGGUUUAUUUUGCAGCGGCUUACCGGUAACGGUGACGUGCUUGUCCGCGCCUCGGGUACUUUAAUCAAGCGCGAUCUGCAACCUGGUGAGGUGCUUCGUAUUUCAAGUGGCUGUCUUGUUGCGUUUGAACCCAGCGUGCAUUACGACAUCACGAUGAUGAAAGGAGCGAAGAAUGUAUUGUUUGGUGGCGAAGGGUUGUUCGUGACGACACUCACUGGGCCAGGUAAAAUCUAUCUGCAGAGCUUGCCAUUUGAGCGUGUGAUUGGAGAAAUGGCAGCUCGAAUCCCUCGCAAUGGCGUAGGCGGCAUGAUGUUUCCGUUCAUGGGCGGCGGCGGAGGCGAUCAAGAUGCCAACGCUGGUACAGCGGACGAGGCCAGCGGAGGACCUGUUGUCGAUACUGAAGACAAUGUCGACUUGGACGAUACCGCAGAUGACUGGGGCGCAAAGGAUAGCGAUAUUUACGGUGGCAGUGGCAGCGACUCGGGCGAUGACAGCACUUCUGACGACUUCGCUGACGUCGGGUCGGAAGAGUCAAGCGGCGACGGCGGCAGCGGUAUCAUGGGAUUCUUCGACAGCCUUUUUGGCAACGACAAAGAUUAG